AUGGCCAUGCUCAGAGUGUCCUCUUACCGCAAGCUGUUUGAGGAGGAUAACUGGGGCCGCUACGGAGGAUCGGGUUGUGCCGGCCAGUACCGGGCCUCCAUCAGGUCAGUGUGGGUCUCUGAGGAGAGGAUCACUUUAGAGUUUCACUAAUACUUAGAUUAAUGUUAUACAUAGUUUAAUGAUUUUGAAAUAACUUUGAAGUCUUGUGGUUACAUACUGUACAUUUGAGGCAAUUUCUGUAAACAGUUCUUGCAUGUGUCAAUAUUAAUUCAAACACUAAAUUGUAGUCUACCAUGUUCAUGUGAAAAGUAGAGUUUAAAAGCACUAAAGCAAAGGUGCCAGUUUAGCUGAGUGAGAGCAGAGGUUUGAUACACAGAACACAAAGUCCCCAUCUCACCUGAUCGCACUGAUUCUUGGUCCUGAUGUGGAUUCAGUACUCUAUACAUAUUACAUUUUUGCUUACAUCUCCCAGAUAGCGGUCUAGUCUUGUCUUGUGUGUUUUUUGUUAACUUCUCAGGGCUGCAGCUGUUGAUAAGUGUGACUGUGACAAGUUAGACUUUGUUGCUGCCAAGCAGCUCAACAAGGAAGGUCUGAACCAGUUUAUCCAGGACCGCACCUCCAUCGCUGCCCUUAAUGACCGCCUGGUCAGACUCAUCAAACUGGUGAGGAGAUCUUACUAAGACAAGGUGGAACUUAAUGUUCUUUUAACGGUGCUUUUUAUAUUGUUGGAUGAAGCUGUGAAACUCAAUAUACACAGAACCUACCAAUCUAAUUGUAUCUGAAUUCAAACCCCUUCAGGCCCAUUGUUUUGAGGAGGAGAAUGAGUGUCUUGAAUGCCAGAUUGUUGAGCUACAGGAGAAGCUGAACAGCCGACAAGCCUCCCCCAGCAUCUCCUCCACAGUGGCUGUGCCUGACUACAGCCUGGAUGCUGUUGUGAAGAGACUACGCAGGGAGAGGGUAAGGUGGUACUGCUGCUGGGUGUGUCUGCGGCAUGUUUCUUCAUGUGUGUCACUUUCCAAAAUUGGGUUUUCUCAUCGAUGGUUCAUUGCGCUUCUCAUCAAUUUCACUUUCGUUUGCACACUGACAGGCUAGCCUGAUUUAUAACCUUGCCAACAUUCAUCACUGUCUCCCUCCCCUGCAGGAUGAGAUUCUGUGUGACACAGAGGAGCUGCAGAAAGAGCUUGAACACUUGAUGAAAGAGUGUGAGAAGGCAGCACAGCAGAGGAUACUCCUCCAGCAGGGACGACAAGAUGUUGCUGAGGUAAUUGGCUGUAAAUGCAGAGAGCAUCUGAUGAGAUCAAGAUUAGUAAACAGUGAGAUCAGGAGUCUUCUGAGUCCCCGGACAAAACAAAUGAAACUUACGAGAUGGUUUGAUCAUGACAUAAAUGAGAGACCAGAUCUAAAUUAAUUUAGCAAGUGCAUGAAAACUAGAGUGAGUCACUCACAAGAGUGACUUUCUUAUGCUGCCUUCAACUUACAUCAUCAUAACCUCGGCUAAUUUGCAAAGCCCAUUUUAAAAUGUGACUUCAAGAUACAAAAAAAUGUAAUAAAGAAAAAAACACAAACUCAGCACAAAAAAGUCCACGCUGUAAAUUAGAAAAUUUGAAAUGAAGAGGAGUACCAUUUAAAGUAAUUGAAGAGACAAACUACCAAAAACAAUCUUAUAAAGAGGGUUUUGAAAAAGGGUCCUUUAAAUUUGAGUUUGACUAUGGUAUUAUUAUUUUUUACAUUAGGGCCUAUUAUAAGACCAGGCUGCAGAGGUUCAAAGCUGACCAACAUUAACAAACUAGUCACGAUAAUCCACCUGAAUGCUAAACAAACUCCAAAGUUAAACAGUUUUUUGUGUGUUUCACUCUUCUCUUAACACAAAAUCAUCAAUAAUAAAAAUAGAGAAAAUAUCCUGUAAGCAGUUGACUUCAAAUUCUUUGGAUAAUUCUGUCAACAGUGCUUCAACUGUCCCUCUAAAACUGUGGGUGGAUUCGUCAUAACAAGAUUAUCAUAAAUGAUAUUAUCAAUCAAAGCGCAAAUUUGUUAGAAUGGUUUUACUCCAAAGGUUUCUUUUAAUCAUGUUAGACUGAACCACCGAAGGCUGAGAAACACUGAUUUUGGACAAAGCAAGAGUAGGAUUCCCUAAACACAUCAUCCUUUAUUUCCCAUGAUGCAACUUCUCCUCAUCUAAACUUCACACUCAAACUUGUAAUGUGAAAGCACCAUCUUUAUUUGUCUAUGAGUUAAAAGAAUUGUUGAUUGUCACGUCUUUAACUAUGAUCAGACCUAUAAUAUUAGCUGUGAUUAUGUAUCUUCAGCACUAGAUGGCAGUGUUGUCAAACCGCUCCCUGCGCUUCUCUCUCCCCCUGACCAGUGAAUUGGAUAAGCCUAGUCACAGCUGCUCCUCUGGGCUGUUUGCCUGCUGCAACCUGAGCCACAAACUUUUCCUGUAACCCCUGCAACCCAAUGCACACUCCUCCUCCUCUAUCACAUAUGCCAAAGCCCCAUCACCAACCAACCAGAUGUGCAGGAGGCUUUAAUUUCUCCCUUACAGAUGUAACACAGACUGUAAUAGAGUUCUGUAAUGUCCCUGCUGGCUCACUUCUCUGGUUCUGAAUUGGGAGCAGCUGCAGGGAGACAAGACAUGGUGGGAAAUCUGCAAGAAGGUAGAGGAAGAGCAGGGAUGGAGGGAAGAGGAUCCACAACAGCAAAAGCUCAAUCAACCACAGUUGCAGAUCUCCCUUCUUAGGAUUAAACCAGCAGUGAUGAAACAGAUGCAGUUUGGUUGAAGUUGAGUUAACCGCUGGCUUUUGUUUUGUUUCUUCUCCAGUUAAUUCUGACUAAUUGUUAAGACCCACAAACUGCCAUUUUUGAUGCAGCCAAGUGUUCAUCACCAGACUCACACAGUAUAGUCAUGGUGAGGCAAAGGAGCCCAACUAAAAUGCGUUUGACAAUAUCAACUAGUAAAACACAAAUAGAGGGAUGUGGAGGCCAAGAGCACCGCCGAUUUCUUGUCUACUAAAUCCUUGCAACAUCAAGGUGCACUUAAAGAUGGGAAAACAAAGACAGCAGUUAGAUUAGAUAAGCUUGUAUACAAUGGAGUCCAUGUGAUAGCAUUGCUGUGCCGCACUUUGGAGCAAGCAUUCUCGAAAGGACCCAGCCAAUGAAAGAACCAGCCUUCAUCACUUGUGUAGACCACUCAGGCUGGACUGAAAUACAACAACCUAGUCUAUGAAGGAUUUCCUGUUUGCGUCCGCAGCUGUUCUUGACCUUGGUUGCCAUUGUACUGCUUCUUAUAAAUUAUUUUAGUGAUGACAGUGACUCACUGGCUCUCAUCAUUAAAAUGUAAUAAUAAAAACUUUGCAUGUAAUUCACAUGGCACCACAUAAAAAAACACAUAAAGUCUGCAGCCUUCUCUACAGCAGUUUUUGAAUUAGUUGAAAUAAAUGCUAAUUUAAUAAUGUCCUUUUACGCCUGUGAUGUGGUUAUGGGUGGUUGUAUUGUCUCAAAAUGGGCCAAACCAAAAAACUGUGCUUUAAAACAGCAAACAAAAAUGAUCAAGUUCAUCUCCAUCUGCUGGCUGGACUCUAAACACGGGCCAUAGCUGCAGGAUCAGACAAUUUGUACUUACUGCUGUCCAUCAGAUACUCAGCUGCCAUCCUCCCAGCAAGAAUCCACAACUUUACCUCCUAACCCUCUCUGCGUGUUUCAAUAAGUACACACAGGCACCCACAGUAAUUGCAUCCAACACCAAUUAAUCUGGUUCUUUAUAAAAAGUAGAUAAGCUGAGACCCCCUGCUGCCAAAUGGAUUGGUGGACAGGGCCGCUGUGUCUAGUUAGCCUCCUUCUGAUCUCCCUCCUCCCCCUUUCUCUGCAUUGCAGUGUCUUCUUGAUGUUCACGAAAACAGGUGGAUGUGCUGAUGAUUCUUUUUUUAAAGUAGUUGCUCAGUGCGAAAACAGACUUUUUCCACUUUUCUUCCACCUGCUGUGUGAUUUAUUCAGACUGCAGUGUUCCUCUCAGACACCUGAAGAAAUUAACCUGAAAUUUGCUGCCUUUAGUUUUCCCUCUCUGUUAACUUUAUUUGUCUUUGCAGGAGGUCGAUGCUGUGACAGCAGAGUGUUUGGCGCUGAGGGAGCAAGUGGCUAUCUACGAGGAGCAGCUGGCUAACAUGGAGGUCCAGCACAAGUCGGUAAGAAAGUGGGGGAUGUAAGGCAUCGGUGUGAGGAGACAGGAAGAGUUUACAGCCCUGAAAAUGGCUCAAAAUGUAGCACUUAGGUCAGACAGGGGUGUUGGAGAAAUGCCCAGUCCCAUGGUGACAAACACAGCUGUGAUGACCCUGGUCACCUUGCUGAAGAGCCAAAAACAGCCUGCUCAACAGAAACAUAUGCUGAGAGGAUUAAAACACAAGGAAUACAGUCUUAUGAAAAAAAAAAAGUGAAAAAGACCUAAUUUCACACUCUUGCAUGGAUAUGUCUGUUAGCUUUUAUUUUGAGUUGGAUAACAACAACAUCACUCUCAUGUUUGUCUCAUGAAUUAAAUGCUAACACAAGCAGCCAGUUAGGUUUAGGACAGUAACUACAAACAGUUAAGGGUUAAAACUAGCACAUUUGGCACUCACUUUAGCACCUAUUUAGACUUUUGUAUCAAGUCCAUAAAUUAUAUUGUGUCGAAUAAUUUUUUUUCAACCCCAAAUAACAUUAUUCUGCAUAUAUCUAGAGGAUAUUACCACAGACUUUCCUGUAUAACCCAUGUGAUUAUAGUGAUGUUGUUCAGUUUUAAUAUAUAUUGAAAUAGCAUUCUGUAAUUGGCUGCUCAUGCACCUGACUGUCAACCGGCUGCACACUUGAUUAUGCGAAGAGAUGUAUCCCUCUUUGCAACCAAAUGGAGUGUCUUAAGCUUCUGCAGCCAGCCUGCAGUGGACACUCAAGUAGUUACAGUAUUUUGCACCUAAGCAUUGGCUUAAUUUUUCAAUGCUAAAUCUUUAUCUGAAACCGACAAGUCUGAGCAACAGGUGGUGGGAGAAAAUAAACAGGCAAUGGAUAAUUAGCAAUCUGUUCCAUUAACAAACAGAAGUGGGAGGUAAAAUGAAGAAAUGCUCGAAGAGAGUAAGAGUUUUGAGAAUAAGUCAGAGUUGUACACUAACACACAGACUUCCUGAGGCAUUGUUGGUGUGCCUUUUGCCAGCCGGGUUGUGACUAUCUGCUCCAAAGUAAUUGACAGUUCAGAGUACAUAAACACAAACAGUCCUGCGGGCUUUAGGGAUCUUUGGGAGGUAAGUGCAUGUGUUACAUUUUUAUUUGAUUCUGGCUUCUCUUGUAACUCUUCGCAAGACUGUCUAUUGCCUUCACCACAUUCACAUCCACACACCCAGCUCUCUCCACCCUCCACAAUAUUCUCCACCUCACCAGGAGAUGACAGACACGCCACAGUAUCAGAGCUGGAGGCUGUAGGCAGCAGAAACAGGACCAGCUCCAUCACUCUGUGUUUUUCUCUGCAGAGCUGUGCUGCCCGGCAUUUAACACACUCCCUCUGGGACACGCUCGAUAACUCACAGUCCGGGAAAUGCGGCUGAAUACCAAAUGAAAACAGAAGUUCUCUUUGUUUUAUUAACUGUUGUCACUAUCAGCACUUGCAGAUAGCCUAUAUUCCCCUGACAGAUUGUCGGCCGUGUCGUUAUUUAGGUGGAAGGAACAGGAGAGAAAUGUUAGACUGCCGCUGCAGCUCGGUCACAGUUCAUUUCUCUUUUUCCCUUACCAAAGGGGCUGCAUAUUGAAAUGUGUAGACUUACAUGUUGAGAUCUAUGACACAUGUGUAAAUGCAAUAAAAUAUUCUGAGAUUUUUGGAGGGUAAAAUAGUUUAAUACGUGUGCUCAGGUAUUGAAUAUUCAGACACAUUGGAAAUACUUGAUCGUUUCCAAUUCUGCCACCUACUACAGGGUCAAAUACUGUACUUCACAUAAAGGACUAAAGGAUAGGCUUUAAAUAUUUUGUCUUGCAAUACAAAACACAUUCAAUAGUGUACAAAGCAGGUAGAAUUGGCUUAACUUGAACCAGCCCCUAAGCCUUUGAAUGAAUCCAUAAAUUGUUUUACUCUUGAUAUAGUGUCUACAAGUGUCAUUUGUGUGGAUUAGAAAUGUUUAUACUUGUGACACUUGAAGAUUCUGUGAGGAGUUGUUUGUGAUGGUAAUGAAACAGACUCAAAUUCAAAUCAGUGCCUUUUCAUAACUUACAAAAACAGACCAGACCAUCAGCAUUAAUACUGUCAGGUAUCACUUUGUUCAUAGAGGGCACCAAAACGGACACACACACACACACAAUUCCUUAUAGAAGCUAUAAGCACUUUGAGGGCCUGAGUCGAACAAAGGAUUUUAUGGCUGUUGCGCCUACCAAACCCAAACAUAUUAUACAAAAAGACAUUAUCUAGCACAUGCAAAGGGUUAGAUGCUCCACAAUCUGUGAUGUCUCACAAAUAGAAUCUACUUCUGCUCCAAUUCUGUUUGCAUAUGUUUAAAAGGGUCAUCAUAUAUCCGUUUGGAAUAGGAUAUGCCAAUUUGUGUGCAAACAAACCCCUUUGCAACAAAACCCAACGUAUCGUAUCGUAUCGUAUUGGAUUGUAUUGGAUCGGGUCAUAGGAAAUAUUAGCCUACAGGUUUCUUUCAAGCUGAAGUGUAAUAUUGUGUUCAAUCAGCAUGGUGUUUUACAUUGUGUACUACUUCUGCUCAAUCAACAGUGAUUCAACCUGAAUCUAAAUUUGACAGUGAAGGACUUUCAGUAUCAUUAAAUGCACGUACCUCAAUGUCUAACUUUAGUACAAUACUUGGACAGAGUCCAUUAGUUUUAUUUCACCUUUGAGUAAACAGUAAACAAUGUACUUCUCCCCUGUGUGUUUGUUUGUGUGUGUGUGUCACGCCAGGAAGUGGAGGAUCUGCUGUAUCCAGCUGAACAGGCGACAGGAGCCAUGGCGGCUAUUAAAUUUGGCAGCCCUGACAUGGGUCCGGCCUUGGAUGUAAAGGAGUUCUACUGCCAGCUGGCUGAGAGCCUCCAGGUACGACACGCUGCAGCACAAAACACAUAAACAUGUCAGGGAGUGGAAGCUUUUUUGUGCCACUUGCUUUACAGUAACAUACCUGUGUACAUGUUUAGAAUCACAAUCCUGUGUCUGGCUCCUCGGUGAGCUCCACACUCACAUGCAUAUGGAUGGGCUCAGACAGAAUCAUUAUUAUUCACUCACUUACUGUUCAGUUCUUAGGUACAAUUUUAAGCUAACUGUAAUUUACUUGAGGAUUUUAUGCGACCUUUUGUUUUACACAACAUUAAAUCUUUUAGAUUUGUGAACCAAACCCUUUUUCAUGCUUUUGUUAUUUAGUGAUAAUAUGUUUGGGGGCAAAAUAAAACAUGUAAACAGAAGCCACAUAACAGGCCCAGAUUAAAAAGCAGAACUUUUUCUUGUCUUUUCCUCCCAUCAAUCAUCUCAUGACCCCUGAGGUUUAUCCUGUUACCCUCUAAAGUGGCCCUGACCCGUAGGUUGAAGACUGCCGGACUUUGCUACUAAACAAUGAACAUUGCCACUAACACAAUGAUACAUCAUAGAAGUGUAAUCAAUGAUAACUUAAUGACUUAAUGACCUCAGCAAUUUUUACUUGAUUUAUAUUUUGUUCCUGGUUUCUCAGCGUGAUUUUGGAUGCAUUUUUUUUUCUUUUUCUAGUUUAGCUGGUAUUUUUUUUUUGAAGGAAAUGGGAUCUUGUUGGAUACCUUGAAGUAGCCAGCUGCGAAUCCUUCCUCUACUGACCACUUGACCUCUGCUUUUUUCAUCACUUCAUCGUCUUGCUCCCUCUGAAACUGCUCGGUCUCGUCCAGAUGUAAAUCUCAACUUUCACAAAUCACACAGCCAUACUCCCCGUUGUUUUCUUUGCCUCUUAACACAACACUGGGGAAGAACUUGAGAAUCAGUGGAGCAGUUCUGCACCAGAACAGAAAAUCUUUGUCCACCUUUGUGUGUGUGUGUUUGUGUGUAUGUGUGUGUUUAGUGCGAGCAAAGAGGUUCUGCGCAGAGGUUCUGCUUUGGGGUCAGACUAUAGCUCCGGUGGGUCUGACCCCCUCUGGGGCGAGGAUGUCUGCCAGGUUCAGAGGUCAGGGCUGUAAUCAGACUGCUGGCCGCCUUCCCAGGCUCCUCAGCGGCACUGGGGUGGAUGCUGGUGUGUGUAUGAGCGUGUGUCCUUCAUUUCCAGGCCUAGCUGAAGGGUAUCUGGCGUCUAUAUAUAUUUAUGUGUCUGUUUAGAUGCAGAGGUGUUUUUUUCUUGUUCUCUCAAACCCUCUUUAUUCACCCUCUCUCCCGCAGUCUGCUCAGUCUCUUCUCUUGCCAGCUGGACACAGUCCUGUCUGUGCCUGGCUGGCCUCGAUUAGGACAUGCAAUUGUCUCGAUGCUGAAAUGAUUGCGAUUGGGUUUGAACAGUAAUGGUGAUUGCUGGCUGACUCCCAGACACCUGUGCACCCUCAUGUUGCUUGUUUCAGCCGCAUUUGUUCCAUCUAAUCAGAAAUGUGGUGAACACAAGAGCAGCCUUAACCCUCAGCCGGUAUGAGAGGCUAUGAUUGCUCUUUGCUCUCCUGUCAAAGUGCACUUAACUGCCCAAAAAACUGUACUAUCCUUCAAGGUUGCCUUGACUCAAAGUGAAAGGUCAGUAUGCUCUUUUGGUACCUAAAAACUUUCAGGAUGCACUUACUUGUCAUCUUCUGUCUCUGCAGUUCGAGUGUGGUGCAGCCUCUUCCGCUGUGGUUCCCGUGGGUGAUGGAAAACAACUGGAAGUGGGAGGUGCUGGAGGGUCAACAGUCAGAGACCUGCCAAAGAUAAAGGACAGCAGUGAGAUGAAGAUGCUGGUGAGUGCUCUCACUUUUUUCUUGAAGUCAGCUCCCCCAAAUCACAGUACAAAGAGAUCUCACAAUUUUUAUGUAGAAACAUGGAAGAAAGAGCGAUGCAAACAUGUUCUGAUACUCCACGACAGAAUAUGUACCAGUUGAAACUGCAGAGUCUUGGUUUAGAGAGAGGUUUAUUAUUGCAGAGAGCUUGAUGAGGAUCUAUACCACUCUUGUAUCUACUACAUAUAGAGCUAAAGUUAGUGGCUGCUUAGUUUAACUAAACAGACCUACAUGGACCACAGUUUAAAACUCUGCCUGACUAAGUUUUAAGUCAACUACGAGCAAAUCAGCCGACAGCAUCUCUAAUUUUCACUUUAUAUCAUGUUCUGUGUCAUCUCUUGAAUCCACACAAGAAUCUAUUCUGUUGUAAACUGCACUGUUGUAUUCGCAUUUUCUUUUUUAGUGUAAUUUCUUCGUCUGAUGUGUGCAUUGGUUAGCAGAUGGAGAGUGAUGUCAAUCCUAUAGCCAGCCAGAUCACUUCUGUGCGUGCCUUGGCUCCAUAUUACGUCUCCAGAACAGAAUCAGCGCUCAUCAAAGUGCUAUUUUGGCUUUUCUUCUCACAGUGGGAGGAGACAGAGGUGCAAGCAAGACAACAUUCAAAACAGGAGAUUAAGAGAGCUCCAAGAACCCCUUUUCAUCAUUACAGGCCAUAUGAUCCAUAAAUAACAAGAACAGUGUCCAAAAGUUUCAGCUAAUCUUACUUAAAGAAUUUAGUAUUUUUGAUAUACAAUACACUGAAAUUUAUAGAGAGGCCUUUUUAUGAUAUCUAAAAGCUAAAAAAAACAUCAGUGCAAUGAUUGAUGACUCGUUUAUUGUAAUUAUUGAGGCCAGAAAUGAAAUAUUUGCUACAGGUAAUAUAUUUGGCUGGUAAAAGUUGGUAAGAUAAGAGUUCAUGUCAAAAGAGUUCAUGUCUGGUAAUGACUGCUUUGUCCAUAGGGGGCGCCAGAAUUGACACAAAUUGAGAUGUACUUUUUUCAUAAACGUUUCCAAUUGUUUUGGGCAACAACAGCUAAGGACACAGGGAUGUUGCCUCUCUACAAUUACCAGUGUAUGAAUGUGUUGAUUGUACCACUGAGGUCAUUGUGUAGUGUUAGGAGUUUUGAAAAUGGUAACCAACAGGCUCCGUAAGGGAGAGAAUCACAGAUAACAGUGUACAUCCUGUUGGGCAAAUUUUGUGCUUGGAACAUUUUUCUUAUUUAUUCCUGAAAAAGCGUUAGGAAAAAUAAGCUGUAGCUUUAGCCAACAUCUUUUUGAUUUGCUUCAUUUUUCCUCUCUUAUAGUUUUUAUUGUAUUUAUGAAAUGAAAAGCAAAUUAAAUAACUGAAAUAAAACCAAAAAAACGAUUCACACAGAUGCAAAUAAAACUUGUUUCCUAAGAUUUUAAGUCCAAAGUCAAGAAAUGGCACCAAUGAUGAUAUUUGAUUAGGUUUUUGGGGGUCAGCUGUGGCUCAGUGGUAGAGCCAGUCAUCUCUUAAUUAAAAGAUUGAGGUUGAGUGUCUUUGGGCCACUCACCCUCAAUCUACCCCUGCUGGUUGUACAUAGCAGUCUGUAAUUAGUAUAAAUUAACUGUUGGGUGCUUAUGCCACCACCAUCAGUGCACCUAUUUAUGUGGUGUCAAAUUUCCCUGCGAGAAUAGCUCAUUUUUUCUUGUCUUAUCUCAUCUUAUCUUAUCUUGUGACGUGUAAUGUAAAGAAAAUGCUUUGAGUGGCCUGAAGAUUAGUGAAUGCGCUGUAUAAACCCAGUCCAUCUCCCUUUACCUUUCUUGUUUAUGGAUAUGGGUUAUCCAAGGGUACAGGGACAUUCUUCUUUGAGACAAAUGUUGCUUGAAUAACUUUAAUUUCUUUAUUCUUUUAGCACCAAUAAAAUACUGAGAAUUCAAAAUCUCAAAUGCCGAUAUUUAUGCUACUAAAACUGUCUGGAUAUUAAAUGCUGCUGCUGAGGGAAUUAUAUGCAUGUCCAUACGACAUGAAACGACUCUUAAAGUCUGACAGUUACACACCAUUUACAUCCCACUGAUUCACAUCUCCCACCUCUUAACUGACAAAGUAAAGAGCAGUCGUACAACCCACAACCAGCUCUGCGUCGGCCAUCAGCCCUUAAAUCAGACAUAAUGGUAAAAAUGAAUGGUUUCCCACAGCAGGCGAGGAGAGAGCAGAGCAGCUGAGUGACAGCAGAGCAACAGUGUGGGAGAUCCUGCUGACCAGAGUGUUUACUCUGCGGACACUUUCAGCAGGAGAUGUGAAGGGCUUGGCUUCAGCUCAGACAGGAUUUAUUGCUCACUGCGUCCUCAGUUAUUAAGUAAAGUCUUUCAGAGCGCCUGCAGUGUCAUAAACGUCUUAAAACUUCACACACACUGACUGAAAACUUCCCCUGGAAUAAACCGUCGUCGUCGGAUGUUUCUCAUCUCAGCGAGCAGAAAAACGCCAGUAAAGCAAAGGGGGGUUUGAAUCAAACACACAUCAAAGUAAGGCAUCAAUGAAAUGAGAAAUCAUGAAACAAAGACUCAGGUAAAAGCUCCAGGUGACUCCAGGAAACAUUCACCGUGGUUUUUAACAUCUAUCAGUGGUGAGAGCAAAACUAACCACCACAUCUGUCACAAACAUGGAGGUUUGGUUCUCAUUACCGCAGGUCUACCUUCAGCUCUUUAAAUAAACACAGAGCCUCUGUAACCACAGCACAGCUCUCCCUACAUCAUCUACCUCUCUCUACUAACAUGCAGCACACAAUCCUCUGCUCAGUCCAGCCUGACAGAUCGGACAGCUCGGCCUGAUCUGCUCUGUUUCCUCUCUCUGCCUGUGAUGGACGCCUCGGGUCUGGUUUCUCACCGAGACACAACACAGCCAAACAAACAGAUUGCAGUGAAAUCAGCCCUGACGCAGAGAUGUAUAUAAUAGAGCAGGCACUGAUGGGGUUGUGGGACGCUUCUCAAAUACACACGUGCAUGCUGAGGCCACACUCAUCAUGGCAGGGAGCAUGGAGGAGUGUGUGAGUAAACGACUAGAGCAGGUUGGGGGAGUAAUCAUCAGAUUGUGAGUUGUAAGUUUUUUUCUUUCCGAACAUGAUCUCGCUGUAAGAUGACACGGCCGCCUGGAUCCCCAUCUGGGUGUGACGACUAACUUCUGUGAUUGCUGUAAUUGCUCACCUGAGGACACCAAAGCCUUGAUGGUUUGUAGUUGAAGUAAAGAAACCUGUUCUGAAAUCUGUGUGGGUUGGAGUUGUUAUUCUUAGGCCAAAUGCUUUAAAUAUAUGAUUGUGUUGAAGGGCCAUAUAGAAGAUAAUCAGUACAGGGUUACUUUAGCUGAUCCUGUGAGGACAAUGACAAAAAUCAUGAUUAUCCACCAACAAAAGUCAAUAUUAUCAUAGGUGCGGUGAUUGUGGAUGAAACAAUGGUAAAUGUUGCAUUCAGUAAAGGGGGGGCUGCUGAUUAACCUCAGGUGAACAUUGUAGGUCAAAAGCCAAUUGAAGGGAUAUUCCGGUGUAAAAUUAAAUCAGGGUCAAUCACACCAUAACACCGAGUUAGACACCCCCUUGAGAGAUGAAUGUUGCAGACUGCUUGCUUCUCUAAACACAACUCACCUACUCUCUUCCAGCUGCCGCUUGUUGGUUGCGAGACCUCAGGUCAGUCCGUUACGGACUACUGCGGGGUUAAGCAGCUCAAGGAAGAACAUUUAUGACCAUGUCUUUUUGGAAAUGCAAUCAGACUGAGACGUUAAAGCAUGAGAACUACUGCGUACUUCAAGGAAAUGAUAAAGAAAUGAUCAUAAAUGUUCUUCCUUGAGCUGCAUCACCCCGCUGUAGUUUGUAAUGGACUGGCCUGAGGUCUCGCUACAAACAAGCGGCUGCUGGAAGAGAGUAGGUGUGUUGUGUUUCGUCUCUUUGCUAAAGAAUUCAGGCAAAGUUAAAAAGAUGUUUGGUGGCUAGUGCUGCGGCUAGGACCAUUUAUCUCUCGAGGGGGUGUCUAACUUGGUGUUACGGUGUGAUUGAUCCUAAAUUAAUUUUACGCUGGAAUAUCCCUUUAAUAUUUGGAAAUAUGCUUAUUCAUCGCAAUGCAUUCUGGUGUCUUUCACUCAAGGUUGACUAGAUAAUGAAGUGGAAUCUUGUACAGCCCUCUCUUGAACAAUUACCUGUUGCUGUAUGUAUGUUAUUUGAUUACUUGCAGAUCUCAGAGCUGCUAAAGGAGCUUGCUGAGCUUGAGAAGUGUAAUGAGGAGCUGGAGGAUGAGGUGGAGAUGAAGAGGGCUGCGUACAUGGAGCAGAUCACUGAGCUGGAGGUCUGAGCAGACUAAAUAAUAAUCAAAGAUCAGUGGUUUGGGUUUAUUCUAACAUUCAAUCUCAUGCAAUCCCACUACCCUGUUUGUGUCUGUGUGUGUGCAUGCAUUUUUCAGUGCACCAUAGAUGAAAUGCAGCAGCAGGAGGCAGACUUCCAAGAGCAGAUGAAGGAGCAGUGUGAAGACUACAAGGAGCUGCUGAGUGAGAAAAUGGCCAGAGACAUGGAGAUCACUGCCUACAGGUGAGUCUGCCUGGUGUAAAAGUAUGAUGAAACAGACUUUCUUCAAUUUGUUUAAGGCUCUGGUUUUACUGACUCAAGACAAAUACAGUUAUUAGGCCAGCAUGCAAACAAUCAAAAUGAUCUUUAAACCAUUUCAAAUAUAGCUUUAACUUUUAUAUUUUUUGUUUGCUUCUUGUAAAGGACUCAUUAACGCAGAUGUAUAAUGUUAAAGAUAAAUAAAAACACUGAAAACGACCAGUGAAAGAGGAAUAUGAGAAAUGAAAAAUGCAUUAAAGACAGAGCAACUUUAUCAGUAAAUAUGUACAAAAGUUAUGCAGAUGGGCUUACAUUAAGUUUGGUCUUAAAGUCUAAGUCAGUGGUUCUCAAGUCUAGUCCUCGAGGCCCACUGUCCUGCAUGUUUUGGAUGUGUCCCUGCUCCAACACACCUGAUUCAAAUGAUGAGCUCAUUAUUAAGCCAUUACAGAGCUUGAUAACGAGCUGAUCAUUUGAAUCAGGUGUGCUCCGUUUGUCCUCUGAAGAAAAGAGAGAAGAAAUUACAGAUUACUGUGUACGAGAAAACCUGUCAAUAAUAGUGUCUUUCAGAUUAUUUGUCUUGGUUAUUAUGAUAUAGUUGACGCUUCCACCAAGGAUUAAACUCUUCUCUAUAAUUACUGUUUAACCCUAAAACGUAAAUAUCCUGUAACAGACCGCAUUGUUCUUGGGCUGACCCGUUUGGUGAUGAAAAGCUGGGAUAAAUACAUCCUUCACUGCGGUCAUUCUACAUUCACUUUCUACUGAAACUGAGCCGAAGGAUAUUAUUCUUAAAUUAGAAGCCUACAUUUUAUGUCACGUAUAGCAGGCUGCAAUUAAACCACAGAAGAUAAGAGGUUUUCUGGAUGGAGGAGUUAAACUGAUGGAGAGCUUGUCAGUCAUUUAGACGACUUGAACUGACAGUCUGGGGCAGGUGAUGGACAGUCGUGUCUACGGGAGAACAUGCCGGUUUUAAUUCCAACAAAAACACAGCACCAGGUGGUUUCGCUGAUUAGUUUGCCUUUUUCUUUUUAAGGUGUUUGAGUUAGACUGUGAACUGCUGCAGUUUCUGAAUGCAACAAAAAACGACUGACUUAAACAGAUUAAAACAUAUAAAACAGUUUCUUCAUAAAACAGGAUAACUACGGCUUAUGAAACCAGAGAUGAUUUCAUUCGAUUUCAUCAGCCUGAUUGAUGAUAUGUCUCUACAUUCUUUGUGAGUUAAUCACAAAAGGGAAAUGUGCAAAUGAUGUGUCCAUUGUCACAGUUUUCCUCAACAUCAACAAGAAGUUUCUGCAUGUGCAUCAUCAUGAGUAGUACCCUUAAGUAUUUCCACAAGAUCCUGUAAGGUCCAAAGCUGCUCAGGCAUCUCUUAUGCCACCUGGACAUCCGGGCUGGUCAUGAUAAGAUAUUUCUACAAACAAAGGGCUAACAUCACAAGUCGCAGGAAACAGUCCUAGCGUAUGAUGCAGUUUCCUGUAUGUUACCUUGAAGACGUUUCCUUGUCAUCACCUCCUUCCACUGAGGUUGUUUAACCAUCUGCCAUCCUGGUAUGUGGAGUGACGUGCUUUAGCCAUGUCAUCUCGCUGCCAUGAACUUCCUCUAGGUUUCUCUAUUGCCUCGUAUGGCUACAUUUGACCCCCAGGGGGAUGUGCUGCAGACCUGAGCUCCCGAUGCCUCAUUAGAAUGGGCGAGGAGGACCUCACACUGUCAGCGCUGAAAGCUGGGUCCCUGCCAGCUUUUCUCCACUCCAGUCUGUUAAUGUCCGCCCUCCCCUUACACAUAUUUUCAAAUUCACCACAGUUGAAUUCCCUGAUGUUAGCCCGCAGACUCUCUCAUUUGAUGCACAGCAAAGGCACAGAGUCCACGCCAGCUUCUCCCUCCCUUUUUUUUAUUUACUGGAGGUUUUGUCGCCUUUGAUUAAAACCAUGAAUAAGAAAUGAUGGCUGUUUAUUCUCUCUGUGCUGUGGAAAACUGUCUGUGCAACAGACCCCGAUGACCCCAGGCUGCCAUUACUGGGUGGCUUAUCGCCUGUGAAAGCAUCUCAGAGCAGUUACAGCAGAUGCUCCCUGCUUUCGCGCACUGCUAAUGUGAACCAUAUUACACUGUAAUUUCAUUCUGCUGUUCAUUGUGGUCUGCACAAACUGCUGUUUGACACAGCAACAAGUAGGUCAACAAAAGACACAAUUCCUUUUAUUUCAGCUCGUGAUUUGAUUGAUCAAAACCAAUAAUCUUUUACAGCUUUGAAUCACUUCACUGUGGGUCUGCAAAGUUUCUGUGAUCAAUGCUUUUAGUUUAAACCCAAACUCAACUUAAUGCUUUGGUUUUCCGGCCCAAACUUUCUUUUUAAUUGGGCUGUGAGGCUGUAAAAGUGAAAAAUCUCUAAAAGUGGCUUCAGCACCAAAAUGCAAACAGACACAAUUCAGUCUCUUCAGAUAGUUGUGAUGUUAUGAUUCAGCAAAUGUACCCAAACGCAACCAUUUCCUGCAACCUUUACACAAAUUUAACCCACCUUUCUCCCAGUGUGUGUCCUCCACUGGUGUAUGUUUGUGAGUGUUGUGUGGUGGUGGUGGUUGGAGAGGCUGUAGGUGCAAACUGGCAGCCAGGUUUCCGUCAAUCUGCCCCAGGGCGGCUGUGACUACUAAGGUAGUUUACCACCACCAAGUGCUUCUGUGUGAAUGAAUGAUGUAUGCAAUGUAAAGUGCUUUGAGGGUCUCUAAUAAAGCGCUUUAUGAAAUCUGAUGCAUUAAUAUUAUUUACAUACUAAAGGUGUGAACCUCUCUCUAACAAGGAUAUUCAAUCUGAUUUAACGCUUGGUGGCUUCAGUUAGAUUCAAAGGUGAUUCACUACAAUAGAGAACAAUAUGAUCCAGGUCAACAGGUCAAUAAGGAGUCAAAAAAUUAAACAUUAAUUUUGAUUUUCAGUUUCGAUAAAACAUCUAUUUUCUAAGAGAGAAAAGACUAUGUCUACUGUAGGUCUACAACAAAGACUUGAUCACACACCACUUCCAGGUGUCUCACUAUAACAGGUAGUUUAAUGUGAUAUUUGUGGUAACUGAUGCAAAAAUCUCAAAUAGCAGCAAACAUUGAAUGAUGAAGCUCAUUAGAAGACAAAUGCUGUCAUCAAAGUGGGCCCCUCAACAAAAAUAACUUGAUGAAAAUGCUGAAAUUGAUUAAACUGCAAAAACAGGACACACUUUCUGUGACUUCUACCUGUUGCUCACUUGUUUCCUGUGUUUCUUUGUGUUCUUCUCGUGUUCAGGAGUCUGGUGGAGGAAGAAGAAGAGAGGCUGUGCAGCCUGUAA